CCCAGACUUCAGCACCCAGCAAGCUCCUUCAGGCUACAUUCUACUUGCUCUUCUGGUGAAGGAAGGAAGUUCACCUAAACUUCCAAAAGAUGUCUACUCUCCUGGAAAACAUCAUUGCCAUCAUCAAACUAUUUCACGAAUAUUCAAAAACAGAUAAGGAGACUGAUACAUUGAGUAAAAAAGAGCUGAAGGAACUUCUGGAAGCAGAGUUUCAGCCAAUCCUGAAGAACCCAGAUGACCCAGAUACUGCUGAAGUCUUCAUGCAUAUCCUCGAUGUAGAUCGCAACAAGAAAAUAGACUUUACAGAGUUCUUUCUGAUGGUGUUCAAGCUGGCUCAAGCAUAUUAUGAUUAUACCUGGAGAAAGAAUUUUAAGACAUUAGGGAAAAAGCAGAAAAAGUAUAGACACCAUUAUGAAGAUGAAGAAAAUGAUACAGAAGAAGAGGAUAAAGAAGAAAGAAAAAGAAAGUGCAGUUCUUCAAGAAGUGAUGGAAAAAAGAAAGAUAGAUCAAAGAGCCCAACAGGAAAAGGAAAAACCAGACAUGAGUCUAGUUCUGGAAGAAAAGGAAGAAGAGGUGACAAAGCUACUUCUGGACACGGGCAUGGAUAUGGGAAGAAACAUCAUGAGUCAAGGAGGGAAAAGAAAAAAAGAGCAAGUUCUAAUGAACUAAAAGAAAGAAGUCACAUUUCAAGUGUUAGCCCCACCAGGAGAUAUGAAGAAAAAGAAGAAGAAUGUGGUUAUGAAAAUAAAGGCAGAGGAUGUGCAAAAUGGAGAGGAUCCGAGUGUGAGGACUCAUACAAAGUUUGUCAGGAAAAUGUGACUGUGGAUUUUCAAUCUGAUUACAGUACACACCAGGAAUCCAGUAUCAGCCAGGGCAGCAACAACAAAGGACAUAAACAAGAUUCAGGUAGACAAUCCGUGAUCGCUCAUGGAAGGUCUCCACCCAGGUCAAAGAACCAAGAUAACUCUAACCAUGGCCAGUCAGGAGACAGCUCUAGGCACUCACAGUCACAUCAAGGGAGAACAGACAAAAACAGGAACAGGGAAUCUGUCCACGGAAAGUCAGGAUCGAACACUACACAAAGAGAGGGGAGCCACCAUGAGCAGAAAACAGACAGCUCCAGACGCUCUGGAACUGGACAUGGAUGCACAUCUACUGGGUUCGGAAGUGGUAGACACAGGGAAACCAGUGUUGGUCAGGCCAGUGACAGCGAAGGACAAUCAGAAGAUUCAUGUAGACAUUCUGGAACCACUCAUGGAAGGUAUGCGUCCAGCUCAAGGAACCAACAUGGGUCGUCCCAGGGCCAGGCACAAGGCAAUUCUCGUCACUCCACGUCACAUGAGGGGCGCACAGACACAAAAAGGCAGAGAGAAUCUGUGCACACAGACUCAGAAGCCAGCACUAGCCACAGACAGGAGCGCCACCAUGAGCAAGCAAGAGACGGCUCCAGACACUCCGGAACUGGACACGGACAAACCUCAACUGCAUCCGGAAGUGGCAGACACAGGGAAUCCAGUGUUGGCCAGUCUACUGAUAGCGAGGGACAUUCAGCAGAUUCAGGGAGACAGUCUGGGAGCUCUCAUGGAAGGUCUGCGUCCAGCUCAAGGAACCAACAUGGGUCGUCCCAGGCCCAGGCACAAGGCAGUUCUAGUCACUCAGGGUCGCAACAAGGGAGGACAGACACACAUAGGCAGAGAGAAUCUGUGCACGCAGACUCAGGAUCCAGCACUAGCCACAGACAGGGACACCACCAUGAGCAAGCAAGAGAUGGCUCCAGACACUCCGGAACUGGACAUGGACAAACCUCAACUGCAUCCGGAAGUGGCAGACACAGGGAAUCCAGUGUUGGCCAGUCUACUGAUAGCGAGGGACAUUCAGCAGAUUCAGGGAGACAUUCUGGGACCACCCACAGAAGGUCUGGGUCCACUUCAAGUUACCAACAUGGGUCUUCCCAGAGCCAGGCAGGAGGCAGCUCUACUCACUCCGGGUCGCAACAAGGGAGGAGAGACACACAUAGGCAGAGAGAAUCUGUGCACGCAGACUCAGGAGCCAGCACUAGCCACAGACAGGGGCGCCACCAUGAGCAAGCAACAGAGGGCUCCAGACACUCUGGAACUGGACAUGGACAAACCUCAGCUGCAUCCGGAAGCAGAGUACAGAGGGAAUCCAGUGUUGAUCAGGCCAGGGACAGCGAGGGACAGUCAGGAGAUUCACGGAGACAGUCUGUGACGUCACAUGGAAGGUCUGGGUCCAGCUCAAGGAACCAACAUGAGUCUUCCCAGGGCCAGGCAGGAGGCAGUUCUGGUCACUCGGGGUUGCAUCAAGGGCGCACAGACACACGGAGGCAGAGAGAAGUAGUCCACACAGACUCAGGUUCCAGCACUAGCCACAGACAGGGGCGCCACCAUGAGCAAGCAAGAGACGGCUCCAGACACUCGGGAACUGGACAUGGACAAACCUCAACUGCACCCGGAAGUGGCAGACACAGGGAAUCCAGUGUUGGCCAGGCCAGUGAUAGCGAGGGACAGUCAGGAGAUUCAGGGAGACAGUCUGGGACCUCUCAUGGAAGGUCUGCGUCCAGCUCAAGGAACCAACAUGGGUCGUCCCAGGGCCAGGCACAAGGCAGUUCUAGUCACUCAGGGUCGCAACAAGGGAGGACAGACACACAUAGGCAGAGAGAAUCUGUGCACGCAGACUCAGGAGCCAGCACUAGCCACAGACAGGGGCGCCACCAUGAGCAAGCAAGAGACGGCUCCAGACACUCCGGAACUGGACACGGACAAACCUCAAUUGCAUCUGGAAGUGGCAGACACAGGGAAUCCAGUGUUGGCCAGGCCAGUGAUAGCGAGGGACAGUCAGGAGAUUCAGGGAGACAGUCUGGGACCACCCGCAGAAGGUCUGGGUCCACUUCAAGUUACCAACAUGGGUCUUCCCAGAGCCAGGCAGGAGGCAGCUCUACUCACUCCAGGUCGCAACACCGGCAGACAGACACACGUAGGCAGAGAGAAUCUGUGCACGCAGACUCAGGAGCCAGCACUAGCCACAGACAGGGGCGCCACCAUGAGCAAGCAAGAGACGGCUCCAGACAGUCCGGAACUGGACACGGACAAACCUCAACUGCACCCGGAAGUGGCAGACACAGGGAAUCCAGUGUUGGCCAGUCCAGUGAUAGCGAGGCACAGUCAGGAGAUUCAGGGAGACAUUCUGGGACCACCCGCAGAAGGUCUGGGUCCACUUCAAGUUACCAACAUGGGUCUUCCCAGAGCCAGGCAGGAGGCAGCUCUACUCACUCCGGGUCGCAACAAGGGAGGAGAGACACACAUAGGCAGAGAGAAUCUGUGCAUGCAGACUCAGGAUCCAGCACUAGCCACAGACAGGGACGCCACCAUGAGCAAGCAAGAGACGGCUCCAGACAGUCCAGAACUGGACACGGACAAACCUCAACUGCACCCGGAAGUGGCAGACACAGGGGAUCCAGUGUUGGCCAGGCCAGUGACAGCGAAGGACAGUCAGGAGAUUCAGGGAGACAGUCUGGGACCUCUCAUGGAAGGUCUGCGUCCAGCUCAAGGAACCAACAUGGGUCGUCCCAGGCCCAGGCACAAGGCAGUUCUAGUCACUCAGGGUCGCAACAAGGGAGGACAGACACACAUAGGCAGAGAGAAUCUGUGCACGCAGACUCAGGAGCCAGCACUAGCCACAGACAGGAGCGCCACCAUGAGCAAGCAAGAGACGGCUCCAGACACUCCGGAACUGGACAUGGACAAACCUCAAUUGCAUCUGGAAGUGGCAGACACAGGGAAUCCAGUGUUGGCCAGGCCAGUGACAGCGAGGGACAGUCAGGAGAUUCAGGGAGACAGUCUGGGACCACCCGCAGAAGGUCUGGGUCCACUUCAAGUUACCAACAUGGGUCUUCCCAGAGCCAGGCAGGAGGCAGCUCUACUCACUCCAGGUCGCAACACCGGCAGACAGACACACGUAGGCAGAGAGAAUCUGUGCACGCAGACUCAGGAGCCAGCACUAGCCACAGACAGGGGCGCCACCAUGAGCAAGCAAGAGACGGCUCCAGACAGUCCGGAACUGGACACGGACAAACCUCAACUGCACCCGGAAGUGGCAGACACAGGGAAUCCAUUUUUGGCCAGUCCAGUGAUAGCGAGGCACAGUCAGGAGAUUCAGGGAGACAGUCUGGGACCACCCGCAGAAGGUCUGGGUCCACUUCAAGUUACCAACAUGGGUCUUCCCAGAGCCAGGCAGGAGGCAGCUCUACUCACUCCGAGUCGCAACACCGGCAGACAGACACACAUAGGCAGAGAGAAUCUGUGCACGCAGACUCAGGAUCCAGCACUAGCCACAGACAGGGACGCCACCAUGAGCAAGCAAGAGACGGCUCCAGACAGUCCAGAACUGGACACAGACAAACCUCAACUGCACCCGGAAGUGGCAGACACAGGGGAUCCAGUGUUGGCCAGUCCAGUGAUAGCGAGGGACAGUCAGGAGAUUCAGGGAGACAUUCUGGGACCACCCGCAGAAGGUCUGGGUCCACUUCAAGCUACCAACAUGCGUCUUCCCAGGGCCAGCCAGGAGGCAGUUCUAGUCACUCCGCAUCGCAUCAGGGGCGGACAGACACACAUGGGCAGAGAGAAUCUGUGCGUGCAGACUCAGGUUCCAGCACUAGCUACAGACAGGGGCGCCACCAUGAGCAAGCAAGAGACGGCUCCAGACACUCCGGAAGUGGACACGGACAAACCUCAACUGCAUCCGGAAGUGGCAGACACAGGGAAUCAAGUAUUAUUCAGGCUAGUGACACAGAAGGAGAUUCAGGUCGACAGCCUGUGACCACUCAAGGAUGGUCUGGUUUCUCUUCAAGGAACCAAAAUCCUGGUUCAGUGCACGGCUGGAGACAUGGCAGCUAUGGCAAUGCUGAUUAUGACUAUGGACAGUCAGGCUUUGGCCAUUCUGUUAACUGGAUUUAUAAAAAGAUGCCUAAACUCCUACAAAGCAUUGUCACUGUCAUCGAUAUUUUCUACCAAUAUGCCACCCAGGAUGGGGAGUGUGACAAGCUGAACAAGGCAGAACUGAAAGCACUUUUGAAAAAUGAGUUUGGUCAAAUUCUGAAGCAUCCAGAUGAUCCAGACACUGUAGAAACCAUCAUGCAAAAUCUGGAUCGGGACCAUAACAAGAAGAUUGAAUUUACUGAGUACCUUCUGAUGAUAUUCAAGCUGACUCAGGCUUGUAAGAAAAUCAUCAGCAAAGAUUACUGCCAAGCUUCAGGGUCAAAGCAAAAAGAUCACAGUCACCAGCACCAAGAGGAACAGAGUGAAACAGAAGAAGAGGAUGAAGGGCAAGAAUUGUCUUCUAGUCAUUCAAGUUGGAGUGAAGGAGAGAAUGAUUCCUAUUCCAGAGGCUCCAGAGGCAGCAUUAAACACAGGUCUGGGUCCAGCUCCAGAAGAAUAGGGCAUCAAGGAGGCUUGUCUAGUUCUGGGCACCGGCAAAGCUCUGGGGAAAGAAAGAGAGAGUCAAGUUCAGGCCACUUCAAGGAUAGUAAGAAAAGCAAGCAUGGCUCUCAUCAGUACAAAAGGUCUAGGAGUCAAGAAGCUGGUUAUACCCAUUCAAGUAACUGUAGAGAAAGAUCAAACUCAGCAAAUCAGUCAGGUACUUAUAGAGAACAAGGGCCUGUGUGCCACUCAGAGGAUCAGUCUUUCAGUUCUGACCAACACUGGUCUGAUUCAAAUGAAUCUUUAGGGAAUAGACAACAUAAGAAAAAAUCACGCCAGUCACUUAGUAAGCAGCAUCAUGGGUUCAUCUCAGAGAGUUGUGGAGGACAAGACCACUGGUCAUAUUCAAAUGAGCCCACUGGUUGUGAUCAAGGCUGUGGCUCAGGCCAGCCCUCCCAACAGAGACAGCAUGAAUCAAAUAAAGGAUAUCAAUCAGGAAAUUAUGAAGAACAAGGAUACUGUUCUAGUUCGAGUGAGGUAUCCAGUUACGGCCAGCACAGAUCAGGCUCAGGAUGGUCUUCUAGCUCUAUCCAACACGGAUCUGGAUCAGGUCAAUCCUCUGGCUAUGGACAACAUAGAUCUGGUUCAGGUCAGUCUUCUGGCUUUAGGCAGCAUGGAUCUGGCAUAGGUCAGUCCUCUAGCUAUGAACAACAUGGUUCUACUUCAGGACAGUCGCCAAGCUGUGGCCAACACGGAUCUAACUUAGGCCAGUCUUCCAGCUGUGGUCAACAUGGCUCAAGUCAGUCUUCUUGCCACAGCCGACCCAGGUCUGGCUCAAGUCAGUCUUCUCGCUGCAGCCAACAUAGAUCUGGCUCAAGUCAGUCUUCUCGCCGCAGCCAACACAGAUCUGGCUCAAGUCAGUCUUCUUGCCACAGCCAACAUGGAUCUGGCUCAGCUCAGUCUUCCAGCUUUGGUCAGCAUGAAUCUGGCUUAGGUCAGUCCUCUAGCUAUGAACAACAUGGUUCUACUUCAGGACAGUCACCAAGCUGUGGCCAACACGGAUCUAACUUAGGCCAGUCUUCCAGCUGUGGUCAACAUGGCUCAAGUCAGUCUUCUCGCCACAGCCAACACAGAUCUGGCUCAAGUCAGUCUUCUCGCCGCAGCCAACACAGAUCUGGCUCAAGUCAGUCUUCUCGCCGCAGCCAACAUGGAUCUGGCUCAGCUCAAUCUUCCAGCUUUGGUCAGCAUGAAUCUGGCUUAGGUCAGUCCUCUAGCUAUGAACAACAUGGUUCUACUUCAGGACAGUCGCCAAGCUGUGGCCAGCACGGAUCUAACUUAGGCCAGUCUACCAGCUGUGGUCAACAUGGCUCAAGUCAGUCUUCUCACCACAGCCGACCCAGGUCUGGCUCAAGUCAGUCUUCUCGCCACAGCCAACACAGGUCUGGCUCAAGGCAGUCCUCUUGCCACAGCCAACACAGAUCUGGCUCAAGUCAGUCUUCUCGCCGCAGCCAACACAGAUCUGGCUCAAGUCAGUCUUCUUGCCACAGCCAACAUGGAUCUGGCUCAGCUCAGUCUUCCAGCUUUGGUCAGCAUGAAUCUGGCUUAGGUCAGUCCUCUAGCUAUGAACAACAUGGUUCUACUUCAGGACAGUCGCCAAGCUGUGGCCAACACGGAUCUAACUUAGGCCAGUCUUCCAGCUGUGGUCAGCAUGGCUCAAGUCAGUCUUCAAGCCACAGCCGACACAGGUCUGGCUUGAGUCAGUCUUUUGGCUGCAGUCGACAUGGAUCUGCUGCAGGUCAGUCUUCCAGCUGUGGUCAACGUGGCUCAAAUCAACGUGGCUCAAGUCAGUGUUCUAGCCACAGCCAACAGAGGUCUGGCUCAAGUCAGUCUUCUCGCCGCAGCCAACACAGAUCUGGCUCAAGUCAGUCUUCUUGCCACAGCCAACAUGGAUCUGGCUCAGCUCAGUCUUCCAGCUUUGGUCAGCAUGAAUCUGGCUUAGGUCAGUCCUCUAGCUAUGAACAACAUGGUUCUACUUCAGGACAGUCACCAAGCUGUGGCCAACACGGAUCUAACUUAGGCCAGUCUUCCAGCUGUGGUCAACAUGGCUCAAGUCAGUCUUCUCGCCACAGCCGACCCAGGUCUGGCUCGAGUCAGUCUUCUGGCUGCAGUCGACAUGGAUCUGCUGCAGGUCAGUCUUCCAGCUGUGGUCAACAUGGCUCAAAUCAACGUGGCUCAAGUCAGUGUUCUAGCCACAGCCAACAGAGGUCUGGCUCAAGUCAGUCUUCUCGCCGCAGCCAACACAGAUCUGGCUCAAGUCAGUCUUCUUGCCACAGCCAACAUGGAUCUGGCUCAGCUCAGUCUUCCAGCUUUGGUCAGCAUGAAUCUGGCUUAGGUCAGUCCUCUAGCUAUGAACAACAUGGUUCUACUCCAGGACAGUCGCCAAGCUGUGGCCAACAUGGAUCUAACUUAGGUCAGUCUUCCAGCUGUGGUCAACAUGGCUCAAGUCAGUCUUCUAGCCACAGCCGACACAGAUCUGGCUCAAGUCAGUCCUCUCACCGCAGCCAACACAGAUCUGGCUCAAGUCAGUCCUCUCGCCGCAGCCGACAUGGAUCUGGCUUGGCUCAGUCUUCCAGCUUUGGUCAGCAUGGAUCUGGCUUAGGUCAGUCAUCAAGCUAUGGACAACACCAAUCUUCCAGGCAUGAAAAAUAUGGUUCUGCUUCAGGUCAGUCCUCCAACUUUGGACAAGAAAGGUCUGGCUCAGGUCAGUCUUCUAGUUGUGGUCAGCAUGGAUCUAGUUCAGGACAGUCUUCAAGCUUUGGUCAAUAUGGGUCUAGCUCAGGUAUAUCUUCUAGCUAUGGCCAACCUAGGUCUGGAGCAAGCCAAUCUUCCAGCUACAGCCAACACAGAUUUGGCUCUGGUCAGUCCUCUAGGUAUGACUGUUAUGGGUCCAGAUCUGGUCAGUCUUCUAGCUUUGGGCAACAUGGGUCUAACCCAGGAGAAUCUUCUGCCUUUGAGCACAGAUCUAGCUUAGGUCAAUCAUUAAGCUCCAAACAGCAUGAUUCUAGAUAUGGUCGAUACUCUGGCUAUAGACAACAUGGUUCUGCUUCAGGACAAUCAUCAAGCUGUGGUCAACAUACAUCUGGAUCAUGCCAGUCCUCUAGCUAUGGCCAACGUGGGUCUGGAUUAGGUCAAUCUUCUAGCUACCCUCAACAGAGGUCUGGAUCAGGACAGUCUUCUGAGCAUGUCCAGUGUGACUCUGGCUCAAGUCAGUCCUCUAGCCAUGGCCAGUUUGGGUCUGAAUGGAGUCAGUCUUCUAGCUAUGGCCAACACAGAUCUUCCUUGGGUCAGUGUUCUACCCAGAGUCAACAGGGAUCUGGCUUGGGUCAGGGUUCUACUUCUGGACAAUAUGGGACUGGCUUGUGUCACUCAUCUUACUCUGAACAAGGUGGUUCUGGAUUUGGUCAGUGUUCCAGCUAUGAGCAACAUGAAUUACAAGGGAGAUGUAGGUCUAGUUCAAGUGGAACUCAUGAUAGGUACAGUAGACCCCAAAUAGGCUCAACCCCCAAUCAAUCAAGAAGAAACAGCCAGGAAUGGUCAGGGUACAGCCAAAAAGAAAGAAGUAGGAGUUGCAGCCCAUCAAGUAGCAAGUCAGAUGGAUAUGAGAGUAUUCACGGACAAUCAAGAACAUGUAGGCAACAAAGCCAAGGAUGCAGCCAGGGUCAAAGGGAAUCUGGCUGCAGCCAUUCAAAUUGUAAUGAAGGACAACCAAGAAGCAGUUAUAGACAAGUAGAAAGCUCCUCAAGUUGUGGCUUUAGACAGUUUACUCCCUCCUAUGGACAGUCUAGAUCCAACACUACCAACACACUGUUAAUUUGCAAGGAGGAUAAUAGACAAGGUGGCUAUUACUACCAGAGAGAAGCGGGUAACUAUAAAGGGGGAGAUACAAAUUCAAGUUCCCACAGUUUCCGCAGCAGCACUCCACUCUAUGAAUAUAUGCAAGAGCAGAGGUGCUAAUUCAAGUGAUGGAUAAUAUAUAACUUGAAAUAACUCAAGUAGUAGUUUAAGAAUUAUGAAACUUACAUACAAGCAAUUCAUUAUGAAACUUCUUUCUAACAGUGGAUGUAUCUAUUUCUGUAUUUUCCUUGUAAACAUGAAACUGUACUCAAUUCCUUGUUAUUGUGUUCCUUCCAAAGAAUGUAUGGUACAGGGGUUACUUUGUUAGGAAAUACUGAGUUGAAUACAUAAUGUGUGGGAAUAAAUUUGGAAUAAUAAUGCAAACCAUUUAAGGAGCUUGGGGUUUAGUUGAGGUGUCUUUUUGAGAACUCCUUUUUCAUACGAUGCCAAAACUAAUCUUUCAUAUCUAGAGAGCAAAAAAUUAUAAAUGUGUUGCCAGUUCUGGAGCCAAAGCUUUUCUUACAGUAACAUGGACCAUAAUUUUUUCUGUGCUCCACAAUGGAUGGUGGCAGAAAGGAGAAGACCCUAAAAGCAAAGAUGCAGCAUUAAUAGCAUCUUUGCUUAUCAAAACCACCAAGCCUCUAUUCUUAGCUGCAUCUUUAAGGAGUAAACUCAUUACAACAAUAGGCAUUAAAAAGUGGCACCAGGUACUUCUCCAUAACCUGUGAGUGAGAGCAUUUUUUCUUAAAGAGAAGGGAUGAAUCAGUACAGGAUUAAAGGAUCCAAAUAUGGGCUCUGAUGCGGUUUCAGCAAGAAAAAUCUUGACCCCUAAGACUAAGAAUUUUCUCCAGGUUAAAAAAAAACUUAGAAGAGCAAUAGCAUGAAAAUACAAUAUCUCUAAACUACUUCUAUAGUUCACUGGCCUUCCUCAUAGGAAAAUAUAAUUUAUAUAGCGAUGGAACAAAACACUGUCAGCCACUGCUUUAUAGUUUCUUAGUUUGACUAUAGCAUAUUUGUUUCAAGUUUUGGGAUUCAAAUAACUGGACUGCAUUAAAACGGACAAUAAAUAAUUGUAAUCAAA